GCUUGGAAACAUUUGGAUAUAUAGUUUGUUCUCACUUGGAGCUACAAAAAUGGAGUCUUCCCAAGUUGUUGGUGCUGAUCAGUGGAGUGGCAAUGGUGAGUCUGGGUGGACAAUGUACAUUGCCUCCUCCAUUCAUGGUGAAAGACAUGGUGUUUAUUCCAGUACCCAUGAUGCAACCAAAGAAAAUAAGGUGAGUGUUGAGCACAAAGACGACGGUGAAGAGAGUGAUGAUUCCAUGGCUUCGGAUGCCUCCUCUGGCCCAAGUCACACUGAGAGAAGUCGCGGCGCAACUCGUCUCAAGCAUGCAGAAAAGGAAGGGAAUGUCAAGAAACACAGCACAAAGAAGAAGAAGAAGAAGAAUGAAAUUACAAUGAUCAAAGGAGAGAAAGCUGAGCAGGAAAUAUUGCUGCACAAGGCAGAUAGUGCUGCUAGUCACAUUUGAACAAGUUCCAAGUGCAGCCAAGGUAAGACCAGGAACUUCAUCGAUCACAUGCUAUGUUUCUGUCCAAAUUUCUUGGCAUUAAGCAUAUAUCAAAUUCCAUGUACAUGGUCUGUGGUUGCAUAGCUUUUGCAAUUAACUGGGAAUUAAUGUUGGUUAUGUCGAAUAUUAUUAGCUGGUUUGAAUGUGUUUCAUAUGUUAAAGUAGUACAGUACUGUAAUUUGUUUUCACUUGCCAGUUGCCAGCUUUGAUCAC